AUGGCAACACAAUUAUUCUAUAAUUGUACAUUACCAAGAUUUGGUCCAUUAUGUCAAUAUUCAUUGGAUACUUACAUAUCUCAUAAUUCAUCAUUAUAUGAAAUUAUUUACGAUUUUUAUCAACAUGAAUAUGAUCCUGUAAAUUUGACAUGUUAUACUCAUUUAGAAUGCAAUCGAGGUCCUUCAUCAAUAUGUCUUGAUUGGACUGAAAUUUGUGAUGGAACUCUUGAUUGUCAGAAUGGGAUUGAUGAAGAAUUUUGUGGGCAACUUCACUUUAGUGACUGUGAAGAAAAUGAAUAUCAAUGUGCUAAUGGACAAUGUAUAUCCAAAAUAUUUUUACAUGACAAUCGUAAUACUUUCGAAUGUCUUGAUCGAACAGAUGAAAUUCGGAAGAAUAUGAAGAGGAAUAGUCAUUUAUUUCUCGAGUUUCGUAGUGAACCGACAUUUGCUACUGAAGAUAUCGCAUGCUCACAGCGCCAUGACCAAAUCCAUAUGAAAUUGACAAGUUCAUGUCUGUCAAAACGCGUUAAAAUACUCGAGAAGUUACUGUUAAAUGACAAACCAAUUGAAGUAUCUGAUGAUUGCUGGAUAGCAGUUAAAUGUCAGUCAGGCAUUUAUGAUCGAAUCGAUCCAAGAUGUAUUAUUCAUUGUUCCAAAAGAACAUGUAAAGAAAUAAUCAAUCAGACCUGCCUAGAUAUGCUACCCGUACCAGCAGGCACAAUUGUCUUUGGUCAUAUGUUCUUUAUCUAUACUACAGAAGAUCUGAUUAAGUCCAAUGCUCGAUCAAUAUCACCUAGUUAUGUAUGCUACAAUGAUCAACUUUGUGAUGAAUUCUAUCCAAAUAAAUUAUUAAUUUCAUUUAAUAAUGCUACAUGUCGUCGUCCUGCAGAUUUUCCAUUAAAAUUUAAAUCAUUAGCGUUCGCCAGAGAUAAUCUUUUUAAAUGUACGACAACAAAUAUCUGUAUUUCUCCAGCACUGGUCAAAGAUGAAUGGUGCCAGUGUGGAUUUGAUCAAUAUAGUUUUUGUGAUGAUGAAGAUCUAAACAAUCUUUAUAUUAGAAAACAUAUAUCAUUUACAACUAUUUGUGAUGGUUUUACAGAAUUAAUACCUGUUACUAUUGAUGGACGAAAUGAAACAGAUGAAACAGAAUGUGAAUAUUGGCAAUGUAAUAAUACUUAUACACGAUGUGAUGGUUUUUGGAAUUGUUUUAAUGGAGCUGAUGAAGUUGAUUGUUAUUCAUCAUCAUUAUCAUUUAAUUGUCCAUAUCAAUAUCAUCACAUUUGUGUUUCACCUCAUACAAAUCAAUUUAUGUGUUUACCUCUUGGAAAAGCGCAUGAUGGUAAUAUUGAUUGUCUUGGUGGUACUGAUGAACCUAAACUAUUUGAAAAUUUCUUUUGUACACGUCAAUUGGAUGCCAAUAAACCGACAGUGAUACAUUUUUCACUUGGUAAAUCAACGAACUCAACUAAUCAAAUAACUCAACAACAUACAAAUGAAAUGAUCUUACAUUCAUCCACCAGACAAACAGCUAUCCAACAGCAUCAGCAACGUUGUCAUCGUGGUCUUCCAUUACAAAUUUGGUUAAAUAUUGAUAAAAACUUGCCUAUUGCCGCAUGUCUUUGUCCACCUAGUUUUUAUGGUAAUAUGUGUCAAUAUCAAAAUCAACGUGUUAGUCUUACAUUACGAUUUCAAACAUUUUCUGAUUCUCGACAAACAUUAUUUGCAUUAAUUAUUUUACUUAUUGAUGAUAGUAAUGAAAGAAUUAUUCAUUCAUAUCAACAACUUACUUAUAUUUAUAUUCGAGAUUGUCAAACUAAAUUUAAUAUUUAUUUACUUUAUUCAACUAGACCAAAAAAUCAAACAAAAAAUUAUUUUAUUCAUAUUGAUAUUUAUGAAAAGAUUUCAUUUACAUAUCGAAGAAGUUUUUUAAUUCCACUUAAAAAUCCAUUUUUACCUGUGCAUCGUAUUGCUGUUCAACUUAAUAUUCCACGUACAAAUGAUAAAAAAGAAAAUUGUUUAGAUCAACCAUGUAUACAUGGUCAAUGUUAUCAUGAAUGGACGGGAAAAUAUUGUACUAUUCCAUAUAGAUGUACAUGUUCAUCUGAUUCAUUAUGUAUUGGUAUAUCAUCAAAUAAUCGAUCGAUUUGUAUUUGUCCACUUCAUAAAUGGGGUUCUCAAUGUUUACUUCAUAAUACAAUAUGUUAUUCGAAUCAAAAUGCUACUUGUCAGAAUAAUGGUAAAUGCAUACAUAUUGAUGAAAAUAUCAUCUCUGAUAAGCCAUUUAUAUGUAUCUGUCCAAAAGGAUUUAGUGGAGAAAGAUGUGAAAUAGUUGAUAGUAAAAUAAUUCUCUCAUUUCAUAAAGAUAUUAUUUUACCACAAAUAAUGUUUGUUCAUUUUAUUCGAGCGAUUGAUAAUGGUCCACAUGAAAAUGGUACUACUUUCAAAACUAUUCUUGGUAAUCAAAAAUCAGUUACUAUUCAAUAG